CCUACCUCCGGGGUCCUAAUAAAUGUCUCAGGGCCCCCCAUCUAUCUCCGGGGUCCCUCCCGGUCAUCUCUUCGCUGGCCCGCGGGCGUCCUCCAGGCUCUUUCCCUGCACUCUCCCUUCCUGCGCUGGCCCUGGAGAGCCAACUGGCCCGCCGGCUCCAGCCUCCUGGUCUGUGCCCAGCCUGUCCCCAGGGCCUAGCCGGCCGUCCUCACCAAGGCCGCCCCAGGUGUCCGGAGUGGUGGCGCCCUCUGCUGACCAGUUACCUUGGCGUAACCUAGCACCUCCCCUUUUCGGUUGGAGGCGGGCUCUCUCUUCUGGGCGGGCUUUUUAGUAACCGGGGGGCGGGAGCAGGGCGGGGACGAGGCAGGGCCUCUUGAGUGACAGGUGGGGCUUGGCUUUGGAGAGGCGGGAAGGAGGCGGGGCAUGCAGCCAUUGCGCAGGCGCAGUGGCGACGACUGCUUGCUCCCAUUCAGUCGCGCUUGUCAGUCCCUCAAUCUGUCAGUCAGGAAGGGCGCGUGUCCCGAGGAGGCUGGUAGUGCAGCCGAGGGCCGGAAGAGCGCGCCCGCUGCCAUGAAGAAGAGCGUGCCGGGCGGCUAUGCCCGCCUGACCGCAGGCUGUUUGCCUGUACCUCUGUUCAAUCAGAGAAAGAGGGUCCGGCAGCCUUUCACAUCCAGCCCAGGCUCGGCAUCUGAGGCUCAGGAUUUUCCUCCUCUGCCAUCAGAUUUCGUCUGGGAGAUGAUGAAACCCGAGGUGCCGCCAUUACCGAAGAUGGGGAAUGCUGGGCAACCUGCCCUCCCGCCUGGAAAGCAAGGGAAUGGGUUUAAUCCCCGCCCAGCGGAUGAGACAAGAAGUCAUAACUGGAGCAAUUGGGGCUUCGGAGAGGAUGGUCCGAAGGCUUGGGACAGAAGUGAGUUUGCACCAAGAAAAAGCUCGGGCGCAGCGGCCGGGCCCGGUCCUGGCCUCGGGCCUUCGGAAACAAAUCAGAACUGGAGAGCGUCAAGCUGGGCGCCAGCGGAGGUCUGCAGAGCCCCGUGCCCUCCGAGGAUGGCGGGGGCCCAGGGGGGCGGUGGCCUGCAGGCGCCCCAAAGCAACCCCCAGCCGAGUCACCUUAAGAGAAAGGCCUUUGGCAGAGGUCCGGAGGAAAAGGCCAUCAAGGAAGUGCCGGCGUGCCGGCUCAGGCCCAAGGAAGAUGGCCCUUCCCUGAGAAUUCUGCCGGCGGCCAUCGAGAGCAUGAAGCACUGGAGGGAGCGCCUGCCCCACUGCCCGCUGCUCUUCGAAGUCUUAGCCGUUCUGGACUCCGCUGUGACUCCGGGCGCGCAGGGCGCCAAGACCUUCCUGCUGAGAGACGGGAGGAGCACCGUGCCCUGUGUGUUUUAUGAAAUCGACCGGGAGCUUCCCAGACUGAUCAGGGGGCGCGUCCAUCGCUGUGUGGGGAGCUUCGACCAAAAGCGGGGCCUCCUCCGCUGUGUGUCCGUGCGGCCGGCCUCCGCUUCCGAGCAGGAGACCUUCCCCGAGCUGGUCAGGAGCGCAGACGCCAAGCUGGCCCGCGACGCCCGCGAAAUGUGAGCCGCCGGCCCGGAGGAGGCGGGUACGAGGUGUUGGGGGGGGGGGGUUCUGCCCGUGGUCUUCUCCGGCCAAUAAAGUGAGUUUAACGGCAGCAUCUGUGUGGUGUCCUUGGGGCCGUCACCCCUCCCCCCUCCCAUCCUGCCUCUACUAAGAGUUAACCCAAUGUCCCUGAGUCCUGUUGGAGCCGGUAACGGCCCAGGAGAAGGCCUGGGCCUGGAGGCCCAAGGGCGGCCCAAGAGCCUCGGUCCGGGACCCGGAGCCUCCCCUGGGCCAGAGAGUGGGGCGAGGAGCUGCUGGAGCUGGGCCCUCCUCCCGUCCAUCAUGGCCUGGGGAAUGCCCGCUGUCCUGCCCGAGCAUCAGGCGGCUGCUACAGCGCCACAGGGAGGCCUGAGACUUGUGGGCUGGGACACUGGCCAUUCCCGUGACCUCUGUUGGCCUUAGUUUCCUGGACUGUAAAAUGGGCUCGUAAUAGUACCUCCCCCCAGGGCCAGGGUGAGGCUCCCCCUGCACAACACUGCAAAGUGCUCGGCGAGCCCCGAGAGUUAUCGCUUCCGCCUCCGAAGGGAGACUCCGGCACA